CGCUGUUGCCGAGCGACAGAGGAAGCUUCACCGUCUUUACUGCUCUCUCUGCUAACCCUUCAUCUCCGAACCUGUGUCUCUCUAUUUCCGCCAUGGAGGUGACGAUGGACCCGCUGUUUCUGGCCUGGAGCUAUUCCAGGAGGCGGAAACUCCAACAGUGUUCGGACAUCUGUAGCAAAAUAUUACAAGACAACCCAUACGACCAGGCUGCAUGGGGCUUGAAAACUCGUGCUCUGACAGAGAUGGUAUACAUAGAUGAAGUUGAGGUCGACCAGGAGGGCAUUGCUGAGAUGAUGCUGGAUGAGAGCUCAAUAGCUCAAGUUGCACGCCCUGGGACAUCACUGAGGCUCCCGGGAACAAGUCAAGGCGGGGGGCCCACACCAGCUGUCAGGCCUAUGACACAAGCAGGACGUCCCAUCACAGGGUUUGUGAGACCCAGCACACAGUCAGGGCGUCCUGGGACAAUGGAGCAGGCCAUCAAAACUCCCCGCACUGCAAGCACUGCUCGGCCUGUCACGAGUGCUUCUGGUAGAUUCAUCCGUCUAGGAACGGCUUCAAUGCUGACCAAUCCAGAGGGACCAUUUAUUAACUUGUCAAGACUAAAUCUGGCCAAGUAUUCCCAAAAGCCCAACUUGUCCAGGACCCUGUUUGAGUACAUCUUCCAUCAUGAAAACGAUGUGAAAAAUGCUCUCGAUCUGGCUGCGCAAGCUACUGAACAUGCGCAGUUCAAAGACUGGUGGUGGAAAGUUCAGCUGGGAAAAUGUUACUACAGGCUUGGUCUAUAUCGAGAAGCAGAAAAACAGUUUCGUUCAGCUCUCAACCACCAAGAGGUGGUGGACACAUAUCUCUAUCUGGCAAAGGUUUACCAGCGCCUUGAUCAACCAAUAACAGCACUAAACCUUUUCAAGCAAGGCCUCGACCACUUCCCUGGUGAGGUCACCCUUUUAACAGGAAUCGCUCGGAUUCAUGAGGAGAUGAACAACAUUUCCUCAGCCACAGAGUACUACAAAGACGUGCUGAAGCAGGACAACACUCACGUGGAGGCUAUAGCCUGUAUAGGCAGCAAUCACUUCUACACUGACCAGCCAGAGAUCGCCCUGCGGUUCUACAGACGGCUGCUCCAGAUGGGGGUGUAUAACUGCCAGCUGUACAACAACCUGGGCCUGUGCUGCUUCUACGCACAGCAGUACGAUAUGACUCUGUCGUCCUUUGAGAGAGCUCUGGCCCUGGUGGACAAUGAUGAGGAGCAGGCUGAUGUUUGGUACAACAUAGGACAUGUAGCUGUGGGCAUAGGAGACUUGACACUGGCCUAUCAGUGUUUUAAACUGGCUCUGGCUUUUAACAAUGACCACGCUGAGGCCUACAACAACUUGGCUGUGCUGGAGCUACGCAAAGGUCGUAUUGAGCAGUCUAAAGCCUUCCUACAGACAGCUGCAUCGCUGGCCCCUCACAUGUACGAGCCUCACUUCAAUCUCUCCAUUCUUUCUGAAAAGAUUGGAGACCUUCAGAGCAGCUACACCGCAGCUCAAAGGUCUGAGGAUGCUUUUCCUGAGCACGUUGACACUCAGCAGCUUCUCAAGCAACUUCGGCAGCACUUUGCGGUGGUCUGAGCGUCAUGUGGCCAGCAGGCUUAAUGAGAGAGGUGUGAGACCAGAGACACUGUGCUUCACACACACAAAGUCAUUAAGAUACUAAAAGGUUUGGCAGGAUAGUCAGACAUGGAAAUCAACA